GGCGAGCCCGGAGUCGGUGGGAGGCGCAUUCGCAGGCAGCGCGAGGCCAUCUUGGAAGCAGUUGUCAUCAUGUCGGACGAACCAAACAUCAUUCCUCUUCUCUCGCGCGCCCUCAUCCGCAUCCGCUCGACCCCGCCCAGAGUCAUUGCGUCCCCGCCAACCCAACCCCGCCGCGCCGCCGUCUCCCUCAUCAUCCGUGUAGUCCCCUCUCCUUCAUACCCGCCACCGAAUCCAGUCCCGCCACCACCCCAGUCCCUCACUGCCUUCUUCGAGCAAGAAUGGGUCAACGCACCCGGCGCGCGCCCCGAAAUCCUCUUCCUGCGGCGCGACCGCCCCGGCUCCGACGGGGGGGCGACGCCGCUCACGCCCGCGCCCGGCACGUCCGCUAGCGCCGCGGGCGAGGCGCACGUCGCCUUCCCCGGCGGGCGCAUGGAGGAGGGCGACGAGGGCGGGCUCUACACCGCCAUGCGCCAGACGUGGGCCGAGACCGCGCUUGACCUCGCCGAGCCGCACUACGUCGCCAUCGGCCAGCUCGACGACCGCGAGAUCACCACCAGCCUCGGCAAGCGCCUCCUCAUGAUCCUCUCCCCGUACGUGUUCCUCCAGGUCACACCUGCUGUGCCGGGGAUCGCGCCGGUGGAGGAUCCCGUGGAGGGCACGACGGUGUACUGGGUACCCCUCGCGAGUCUGCUGCCGAGCCGGGACCUGGUUGGGAAAGAGAAGAAGGGGAAGCGAAGGAGGGGGAAGCGGGAGAGUGUCGGUAUGGUAGCCGCCAGCCCUGGCCCGAGGUGGAGUACGGUCAAGGUGGACGCUGCGUCCAGGCUUGCCCCGCGGAACUCGCGGAUCCUGAAGGAGAUGGUCCGCGGCUUGGUGGGGAGUAUGCAGUUCCCCGCGAUUGUGUUGGACAUCCCGUCGGCCUACUCGUACGCUGACGAGAAGGGGACGCAGGCGUUGGAGGGUGGGAGGAAGGAGGAGCUGAAGCUGUGGGGCCUGUCGCUGGGCAUGACUCUGGAUCUACUGGCGUUCAUGGUGCCUCCCUCCAGACCAUCAGAUCAGCGUCCACCCUCACCAACGUCGCAUUGGCUUCCCUUCCACUCGGACGAGGUUGCCUCCGUGGAGCUCGUUAGUAAACUUGCACCCAGUCUCACAAGUGUGGUGCCUAGGUUCGGAUAUCCCGAUGUCAACUUCUGGAUCUGGGUAUUCGGCAAACGGUAUCGGGAAGUCAUCCGGGGCUGGGAAGCUAGCGUGCGUUCUGGUGGAACGAAUGAUCGACGGAUAAACUGGCCCGGUACGGCUCUGUCGACAUUCUACGCCGCCAUCCGCAAGGCCCUCAUAGUCGUGAUCGUCGUGCGGGCGAUUGCGAUCCUACUGGGCGUCGCCGGGUUUGCUUGGUGGGUGUUCUGGUGAUAGACGAUAAACAUAUCGGGACGGAGCAGUAUAUUUUCCCUCGCGAUUCGUGAUCAUCCGAGUAUAUAUGCCAUCUAUUUAUCUCGUCCGGCAGGGGCUUCAGGGUACUACUACGAUAUGUUGUUUGUGUAGAUGAAUGAGUUGAUGAUCGUUCACGACUCAGUACUCCGUACUCAGGAAUGACGAGCAUGACGCAU